CUUAAAUCACCUAUUGUGGACCGACACUUAUGAAGAGCGAACAUGCAACACAUGUGGAUUUGGUGCAUUUGGUUUAGAGUGGACGCUUAAUUUUUUUUUAAUGUGUAUUUUUAUAAAACUAAACUUGGAUUAAAGAAAAUUAUUAAGUUUGAUUAUACGCUUUAAUUAUGGGGAAAUUAAGAAAGCCAAAAAUCAGUAAAAUUAAAAGAAAUAAUCAGACAAGGACAAAACUUUCAAAACGAGGAAAACUUAAGACUCGACAACAUAAACCAGCAAAAAAACAACCUCAAAAAUCAGUACCACCAUGUCCAGUGGAAGAAGAAGAAGAGGAAAGUGAUCAUGGAAAAGAUUUAAUGGAUAUGGUUGAAGAAGAUGAUUUAAAUUUCUUAAAUAACGCUAUAUCUAACAAAUCUUAUAAUUUAUUGAAACAGAUUCCCUUAAACGAAACAGACAAUAGUUUAAGCGAAAGAAAAAGAAAGAAGAUUACAAAUGAUCAACCAUUGGAAGAACUGUAUGAGAAUAAUGUUUCGAAAAUUGUGGAAGAGACAGGAGGAAAGUCGAUUCGCAUGUUGCUUCCCAUAAAAACACAAAAUGGUUUUGUAAAGAAACGCAUUAUUGAAGAAGAUGAUAAAACUUUAAAUGGAGAGGAAAAUGAAAAUACGAAUGAGAAAAAUCAAGAAAAAGAUAAAGAAAAUAGUCAACAAGGAAAUAGUGAUACGGAAAUGGACGAUACAUAUAAUAACUUGGAAAUAACUGAUAAACCAAUGUCUACUAUUGAACUUUUGGCGCAUCGUGAAGAAAUACUAAGAUCCAAGCGUUUUAGAAUAGGUAUACUUUCGAGCGGUAUAUUGGAAAACCCGGAACUCAAAUCUGGAAAUUUCAAAAUAUUGUUGGACAUGAUGGAUGAAAGAUCCACAAAAAUUUAUGUUACAAUCAGGAAACUGGCAAUGGUGUCCCUUUUAGAGAUUUUUAAAGAUUUGCUACCAUCAUAUAAUAUCCAUCAGAUUUCUCAAGAUGGAGUAAAAUUGAAAAAAGAUACUCUCGCGCUGCAGAAUUAUGAAACUAUCUUGUUGAGAAGUUACAAAAACUAUUUACAAAAGCUCGAAAAGAUAUCCAAGAUUUUGCGAAGAAAGAAAGGGGAUACGCGAUCGACGAAUGAACAAGAAAUACAGCUGGGUGAAACAGCUGUAUUAUGUAUGUGCGAGCUUCUCACUGUCCAUCCGUAUUUUAAUUUUUCUGUUAAUAUAGCUAAUUAUAUACUUCCUCUAUUGGAUAACAAGCGGAGCAGCGUAAGAGAGAAAGUUGCACAAUGUAUCUCUCAAAUAUUCAAAGAAGAUAAACGUGGUCAAUUGUCUCUUACAAUAGUUCGAAAAUUGAAUCAAUAUAUCAAGUCAAGAAAGCAUUCGGUACACUCUGAAGUUAUAGCAGUGUUACUGUCUCUUCGCAUCAAAGAUGUUGAUCUGGAUAAGGAAAAGGAAGACGAAACAAAGCAAAAGAAGCUCAUAUCUCAUAAGCAAAGGAUCCUUGCAUUGAGCAAACGAGAGAGAAAAAAGAGCAAGAAAUUAGAACAAGUGGAAAAAGAACUACUCGAAACGAAGGCCGAGGAAAAUAAACAGGCGAAACAAAAAAUUCUUACGGAAAUAACGAGUAUAGUAUUUACCAUAUACUUCAGAGUAUUGAAACAAGUUCCCAAUAGUAAAAUAUUAUCUGUGUGUUUGGAAGGAUUAGCCAAAUUUGCGCAUUGUAUUAACAUAAAUUUUUACCAAGAUUUGGUAAGCGCCAUAGACAGAUUAAUAGAAGAAGGUAAUUUGGGAUUAAGAGAACAACUGCACUGUGUUCAAUGUAUAUUUACGAUAUUAUCUGGUCAAGCUGCAGCAUUAAAUAUCGAUCCAUAUAGAUUUUAUGUGCAUUUGUAUAAAAAUAUAUUGAAAGUCCAUUGUGGGAGAACGCACGCGGAAACGGAAAUUGUGUUGAGAACACUGCUACAGAUUCUCAUUCAUCAGCGACGGAGAAUAACGCAGACGCGUAUGGUAGCCUUUGUAAAGAGAAUAAGCAUGUUAGCCUUGCAGUCACAGCACAAUGCAGCGUUGGGAAUUCUCGGUAUUAUCAAGCAAGUGAUGCAGCUCGGGAAGGGAGCUCAUAUCUUACUAGAUACCGAUUGCAUCGGUGAUGGUCAUUAUCAAGCCGAAAUCGAGGAACCUGACUAUUGUAACGCUUGUACCGCAUUGUAUGAACUCGUUGCUUUACAGCGUCACUAUCAUAGUGUAGUACGGCAACUCGCUAAGAAUAUAGCGUAUGUCACACCUACGAGCGGCGAGGGUAGUUUGACUACUGAAAUCGCGAAGUUAACACCGGAGGAGCUUUACACGGAAUACGAUCCUGCGGGUGUAGCAUUUAAACCUGCUGUGCCUAUUCCAAAGAAGGCUGUCGUUAAAAAAGCAUUUACGAAUUACAGUAUGAGUCCUGAGCUCGAGAAAUAUUUUAAUACUAUCAACGUGGACAAUUUAUUUGCAGAUGGGCAUGUAGACUUUUACAAAGCCUGUAAAAGUAAUUUAUAACAUAUAAUAAAGAAAGUAAAAAAUAUUAAUGCUUUCCAUAAUUGAUAAAUACUGUAAUUAUAUUUAAAAUAAUUCUUCUAGAAAUUAGAAACUAGCAAUUAAGGACUCAGACACAAUGAAAGAAAUAAAAAACAUGGAAUAAGAG